CCCUGAAGUGACACAAUCUAUCGUGUGUUUUGCUCAAACAUCCCAGUCACAUGAUGUGGAAGGUUGAUUGAGUUUGGCAUCUGAGUUUGGGAUUUGUGUCGUGAAUCUAUAGUUGCCAACAUAUAUAACACAUAUCAGUGGUUGGCCCUUGUGAAGACAACAUGCUUGUGGUGUUUGGACUCCUGGUGAUGUUAACUGGACUCUCUAAUGGCACAGAGGAGAAAUCCUGUGAUGCUAGACAGAACAUGUCAUGUCAUGGAGCUCUGGGAGAAACUGUCUAUCUUCAGCUGAUGAAUAAUGCCACAGGGUCUGAACUAAUAUUCAAAAAAGACCCCACUGGUGCGAGUAUAAAGAUAUUCACAAUGAAAAACAACACAGUGAUAAUCCAUGACUCCAUUAAAGCUAGAUCAGAGUUCUUUAUCAACAUCGGAACAUUUAGGAUAUCUAACACAGAAAAGAGUGAUUCUGGUGAAUAUGUCUUAGAAAUCUAUUAUUCAAAUGGAACACAUUUGAGCACAGGAGGAGUACAACUGAUAAUUGGAGCUUAUCAUGCAGGAGAAUCUUAUGGGACUGUCAUAGGCUCACUAGUAGCUGUGGUCCUGGUCCUAACCGUGGUGGUGGGACCUUACUGUAUUCACAAGAGGAGGACACCUUCACAGAUUCCAGUCCCCACAGAUGCUGAUGAGAGUCCAGAACUGGAAUAUGCUGACAUCAAUAUUCUAAAGAAGAUGGAGAAACACAGGGAGGUUCCAGAGGAUGUGGAGUAUGGACAGGUUGUAGUAUUGAAGGGUUCCAGACCAACCACAGAGAGAGACAGACCUGAGGGGCGGGAGGAGACUGUGUAUGCUGGAAUACAGCUUGACCAAUGAGAGAGAUUCUUGUGAAGGGUUGAUAUUUAGACAGAACAUUAAAGCUCUGUUGCUUCUUUUGUUACUGUAACUAUUAGUAUCUAACGGUCCCAUAUUUCUGUACACAUUUACAUGAAAUGUAAAUGAACAACCCAACAACUAAACUGUAUACACUGGC